CGGCCUCCGCCUCCUCCUCCUCCUCCUCCUCCUCCUUCAUCUCCUCCUCUUCCUCUUCCUCCUCCUCCUCCUCCUCGCCCCCGCUGCCCGUCUCCUCCCGGGACCGGCCCCGAGCACCAUCCAUAGAUGAGAGGCAUGCUGAGUUCAAAGAAGUAGAGUUGGACGUGGGCAAGACAGCUAAAUCAUGGCCGUCAAUGUCUAUUCCACCUCUGUGACCAGUGAGAAUCUGAGUCGUCAUGACAUGCUUGCCUGGGUCAACGAUUCCCUGCACCUCAACUACACCAAGAUAGAACAACUCUGUUCGGGGGCUGCCUACUGUCAGUUCAUGGACAUGCUCUUCCCUGGCUGUGUACACUUGAGGAAGGUGAAGUUCCAGGCCAAGCUGGAGCAUGAGUAUAUCCACAACUUCAAAGUGCUUCAAGCUGCUUUCAAGAAGAUGGGCGUUGACAAAAUCAUCCCGGUAGAGAAAUUAGUGAAAGGAAAAUUCCAAGAUAAUUUUGAGUUUAUUCAGUGGUUUAAGAAAUUCUUUGACGCAAACUAUGACGGGAAGGAUUACAACCCCCUGCUGGCCCGGCAGGGCCAGGAAGUGGCGCCGCCUCCUAACCCAGGUGAUCAGAUCUUCAACAAACCCAAGAAACUCAUUGGCACCGCAGUUCCGCAGAGGACGUCACCCACGGGCCCCAAGAGCAUGCAGCCACCAGGCCGGCUGAGCAACGUGGCACCCCCCUGCAUUCUGCGGAAGAAUCCCCCCUCGGCUCGCAAUGGUGGUCACGAGGCCGAUGCCCAGAUCCUCGAACUCAACCAGCAGCUGCUGGACCUGAAGCUGACCGUGGACGGAUUGGAGAAGGAGCGUGACUUCUACUUCAGUAAAUUGCGUGACAUCGAGCUCAUCUGCCAGGAACACGAAAGCGAAAACAGCCCCGUCAUAUCUGGCAUCAUCGGUAUUCUCUAUGCUACUGAGGAAGGAUUUGCACCCCCUGAAGAUGAUGAGAUUGAAGAGCAGCAGCAAGAGGACCAGGAUGAAUAUUAAAGGGGACCCAGCCCCUGCCGGCCCCAGCGAAUGGCGCGGCUCCUCCCGUGCCCCCCCAACACACAUUAUAACCCUUUCCUCACAA